AAUCCCGAUACCACCGUCACCGUCGGAGCAAGUGGAUAGAGGAGAAACAUUUCCGUUGGUUCCGUCAUUUCAUCAUCGCAACCCAGCCACCCCUUGAACGUUCGUCGCGGGAGGGUGGUUGCACACGUACGGAUGACUGUUUCUCUUCCUCUCUCUUUUUUCGAUUCUCUUGCAAUCCGUGGUUUUGCCCAGUCCGUCGAACACUGGGUCGGUGUAGGCUGCCUUGGCUGACUGUCUACCAUCAGCAGGGAGGAGUGUGUGAAAAUUUUGCAACUUCCGUUUCGACAUACAAAUCGGUUUGCUAGAAAAGCAGUGCUGGUGGCAAUUGGAAAACUGUGAAUAUGAGAUUGUGAUAGCUGGCGAAUUGGAUAGUUAUGUGAGCAGAAGCAACGACCAAUCGUCAAUUAUAUCAGUGUGAAAAAUUGGGAUAUCGACUGAAAACCAGCAAGGAAUUCCAGCAGAGUUCUGUUUCUUACAUCACAGGGCAAGGAAUUAGCUCGUAGACCACAACAACAGCAAAAAAAAAGCUUCCACCAGGAUGAGCAGAUCACGACGCGGACGCUAUUGGCACAUGGGAAUAGUAUUCCUAAUAUACUCCAGCUUUCGGGCGUACUCGGCUUCGACCGGCGGUAGUACCGGCUCUGGUUUCGAUGAGCGAGAGCUCUCAACCGGUCUACCGCCCAAUGUCACACCGAACCCGGGGUACUUCACAACCGGUGCCGAUGGUGUAACCGAGGAAGAUUCAAGUACGGAAGCCACUACCAAGGAAACGAAAGUACACCAUGGGCAUCCAACGUGGCGGCCACGGCGAGAGAACUGCACACCGCCGGCGAUUGAACAAUUCCCCCGACCGCUAAUGGGACCCAACAUACGCAGACACGGAGGACUCGUACUGCACGUGUUGGUUGCGAUAUUUACUUUCCUAGGUUUAGCCAUUGUGUGCGAUGACUAUUUCGUAUCCAGCUUAGAUAGGAUCUGUGAAGAAUUGAGGCUCUCGCCUGAUGUUGCUGGUGCGACCUUCAUGGCAGCUGGCAGUUCGGCUCCUGAGCUUGCAACUGUCGUGAUUGGUGUAUUCUUCGCAAAGGACGACAUCGGCAUCAGCGGAGUCAUCGGUUCAGCUGUUUUCAACAUCAUGUUUGUGAUUUCGGUUUGUGCAUUGAGCUCUGGAACCGUGCUACAGCUAAACUGGUGGCCUUUGGUUCGAGAUUGCACGUUUUACUCAAUCUCAAUCCUUGUCAUGCUGAUAGUGAUCAUCAAUGAUGUCAUCUCUUGGGUAGAAGCACUUAUCAUGCUGCUAUUCUACGUCGUCUACUGUGUGGCACUGCACUUCAAUACUCCACUCGAGAGAUGGGCCCAUACCUUGAAUCUUCCAAUCAAACUUCCGACGAAAGAGGAACAAUCGGCUUUAGUGACAUACAAAAACCUUCCAGAUACCACGUACACUCAGGGACAGCAACCGGCCGGCGAACAGCAGGCCCCAGUUCAACAGCAACCACAACAACAACAACCACCACCAGCACCAGUGGACCAAGGAUAUAUGGAUCCGAAUGCCAGCUGGGAUCCUAAUGCUGCCUGGGAUGGAUCGAAUACUGCUGCCCCGAGCAACAACCAUUACGGAGGAACCACAUAUGAUCCCAAUGCUUCCUGGGGUACUGGACAGCAAAACUACGGAUACGAGGAUCAGUACGGUCAAGAAGCUUCGAAUACUCAGCAACAGGCUGCCGUGGCUCAGCCGGCGGCUCCGACUACCACCGCAACGACUGGCGCUGUCCAACCAACUGCAGAUGAGUACUACAAACCGAAGGAACCUAGACAACAAUCCGAUCGCAAUCCUCUAGAAAAACCUGUAGAUGGUAACAUUUUUGCACAAGUAUCCUGGGCUGUAGUCUAUCCCAUCCACUACACUGCUCGGCUAACCAUGCCCGACUGCAAAUUGGAAAAGUAUAAAAAUUGGUAUCCAUUCACCUUCAUGAUUUCCAUGAUCUGGAUCUCAUUCUAUUCAUACUUUAUGGUGUGGAUGAUAACGAUCAUCGGCUCGACCCUCGGCAUCCCUGAUACCGUCAUGGGACUAACGUUCGUAGCUGCCGGUGUAUCCGUCCCGGACGCGCUUAGUUCCAUUGCAGUGAUCAAGGAAGGUUACGGUGACAUGGCCGUCUCCAAUGCCGUCGGUUCCAACGUCUUCGACAUUCUCAUCUGUCUCGGUUUGCCCUGGUUCAUACAGACGGCAAUCAUCAAGCCGGGCUCCCAUGUCAAUGUCAUCAGCAAGGGCCUAAUCUACUCGACGCUGUCGUUAUUGUCCACCGUGGUUUUCCUUCUGUUUGCAACCCACUUGAACGGCUGGAAACUGGACAAACGUCUCGGUAUCGUCCUGAUGGUGUGGUACCUGUUCUUCAUUACCAUGGCCUCGCUGUACGAGCUCAACUUCUUUGGUCAACUGAAUCCACCGGAGUGUCCGAGCAUCUACUAAACAUCGGACCAUCGUUACCUCGUUUUGGUUCCAGCCGUCGUUUUCUUUUCGUUCAUUACCCUUCUUCUUCUUGCACUUACACGACACUGCACCCGAGUAGUACCGUUACUAUUACAAAUAACAACCUAUCAGCAACAAACAACAACUCGAAGAUAUUAAUCUAGUCAUAUUUAGAGCUUAUUUCUGUUUUCUAGAAGUUUAAGAACCAUCAACGGUCUGUAUCUCGGUGGGUACAAGAAAAAAAAACAAAACAACGGUAUGUCUUGAAACUCUGUUCGAGUUCUAUAUUGCACCUUUCGAGUUCUAUUUUGUACCUCUCAGAAUAUGUUCUAACCAUUUCAUUAGUUGAUUUUAAAGAACUGAUUACUUCCUCUUAUGUUUAGUAUUGUUUGAAAUUCACGUACAUAGACUACUCACACCCACGCACCGUUGUUCGAAACUCACCUUUUCGCUCGUUAUUUGUUUUAGACUCAGUAUCGUACUUGUCAUAGAUUUAGAUAGUAGUAACUACACCACGGCAGAUGCCGACAGUCGGGAUAGGUUGGUAACUGUUUGUGAAUGGCACUCACCAAUUCCUAUUGCGUUGUACACUCAUUGUGCUCAGUCUCCCGAAAUGUACAUACACCGUGUGAGAGAAACGUGCUGUUUUAUCACUCAACCGAGCAUAACCGGUAUGCUUGCUCGAGCAUGGCUGUUAUUUCAUAGGAAAAGACAAUAUUGUUCUGUUAGAGAUAAUUUUAUCAUUACCAAAGUAGCUUAAUAAAACUUCUCGUAUUACUAUUCUCGUUUAAAUCUAUUGAUAGGCGUUCAGUUACUGUGCUAGGCGGUCCUCUUACUCCGGUUCGAAACUAAACGAAUCAGGGAAGGUUCUUUACCUAGGUUUAAGUAAAACAAUAUGCAACUAGUGAACCCAAAACAGCGAAUAUUGAACAAAAUGCAGAGGAGUUUUACAUAACAAAUAUAUAUAUAAAUAUAGAUAUUAUUAUAUUUACCAAAACACAGCAUAGAAAACGACAUUGAACGUAUCUUAAGAGAAUCCAUUAUCUUAUCUAGAACGUUAACAUUCCUCUCAAUUGUUGAGCAAACUGAACUUAUUUACGUUACUCAAAGUAAACUUUAAAACAAAUCCGAGUCAAUCGUGUUAAUGUCAAUAAUAUAUUUACAAACAACCAAUACCGCUUCCCGUUCUUACGUUUGUAUUCUUCCUGCUUUGUCGAAAUGAAAAAAAAAACAACAAACUGUGAAAUAUAACUAACAAACUGUAUCACGAAUCCUAUUGAAUUAGGACCGGACCCGCAUGACAAGUCACACUGUAUUGCACGUCGUCAAUCAACCAACAGUCAUUUCACAACAUUUUACAACUCGGAAUUUAUAGAAAAAAAAACUUAUUUCCGAACGAAAAACACACCACUUCUUGGACAUUUCACAAGCUACAUACAUUUAAGCGAAAAUAGCGGCUGUCAUGUCCCGAUGCAGCCGGCGAAUCACGCCUCGCCUACUAUGGUUACCCUUCCCCAUGCACCAUGGCAACCGAAGCCGAUGAACUGUAGAGUGAACCCCGAAUAGCAAACUGAAUGGAGAGUAAUAAUGUGCACACUUGAAAAUGAGUAAAUUUUACACAUUUUACCGAACAAUAAAUUUUAGUGAACGGACAAACACACAAAAUCCGAGUUACUUUUGCGACAUAUUAUCCACGGUGGUAAAUUGUAUUAAUUGUAAGACUGUAUAUAAACCCAGAAAUAAUCAAAACAAGCUAUUUAGCAUUCAGCGAGAAAGUGUGGACGAUACCAAUGGUUUAUACAUAGAUUAGAUUCAACGGACCCACCAAUAGGUUUCGCAUCACUUCGAUCCCGUAUCAGAUCCGUACAAAAGCAAUUUAACAACCGAACGGGCGUGCCCUUCUGUGUAGUUGUAGUCGGAACGGUUCGAACCCGUGUUCCAACUUCAUUUACAAAGGAAAUUAUUCUUCUUGGUCAUAGGUUUCUUUUCCGUUCUUGUUCGAUAUAUACUGCAUUCUAGUCGAAUGCCACAAAAUGAUCAAAUAGAUGAUGUCCACAGUCCUGAAACUAUUAUUCUACGUUAUUCUAGAUAUACCUAAUUGUCAAUUUGGAGUUUUCUGAAAACCCUGAAUUAAACUCAAAGGUACUAAAAGCAUUACAAGUGUAGCCAAAUAGAUCAAUAAUUACAACAAAAAAAAUCUAAAACCAAGUGAAAGACGAAGUUGAAUGUUAUCUUUCGUUCAUGGUAGUGUAAAAACAUUCCGAAAUAUAUCUAAACUGUCACCUCUGUACUCAUUUGCGAAAUCUAACUAAUAUGUACUAAACAAAACCAGAAAAGAAACAAGAAUAGA